AAGCAAGUUAGUGACAACAGACUUUGUGAUUUCACAAUGUAUACACUAACAAUUUUAGUGUUAUCAUAUGGAUUGACGGUAGCAAAUACAGCAAAGAUUCUCGCGGUAUUUCCAACUCCAUCUGUAAGCCAUCAAGUUGUGUUUAGACCAUUAAUGCAAGAAUUAGCAAGACGAGGACAUGACCUAACAAUCAUAACAGCAGAUCCGAUAUACUCUGCCGGUAAUUCUCCGAAAAACUAUACAGAAAUAGAUGUUCAUGAUAUUUCAUACAAAAUCUGGACUGAUGUUUUUACACACGGUGUUAAAUUUGGAAAGAAAGAUGAUAUGUUCGCACAGAUGAAGAGUUUUACAGUUAUUAAUCCUAACGUGGCAAUUGCCCAAUUUAAGCAUCAGCAAAUUCAAGAUUUGUACAACAGAAAGGAAAAAUUUGAUUUGAUUUUCAUCGAAGCUUGGCAAACACAAGCUUAUUAUUAUUCUCAUCUAUUUAAAGCUCCGGUAAUAUUAUUAAGUUCAUUUGGUAUGUUUGGAAAUGAAGAUGCUGCUGUAGGUGCUCUAACGCAUCCUUUUUUGUUUCCAAAACUAGUGCAACAAAGAACAUAUAAUCUUACAUUUUGGGAGAAAGCUAAAGAGUUAUACAGAAAUUACUGGUUUCGAAAAUUGUGGUCAACAAUGGAAGAAGAUGAUCGUGAUUUAUGGGGACAGCUUUUGGGACAAAAUGUGCCUGAUUUUAAGGAAAUAAAUAAUAAUAUUGAUAUGAUGUUUAUAAACGUUCAUCCAAUGUGGAUAAGCAAUCAACCUCUGCCACCUAAUAUCAUUACAAUUUGGGGUAUUUAUAAAAACCAAAGGAAAGCUUUACCUACGGAUCUUCAAAAUUAUCUUGACUCAUCCAAAAACGGUGUGAUUUACUUAAGUUUUGGUUCCAACGCUCACUCAUCAGUUCUACCUCCUGCUUGGAUACAAUUAUUUGUUCGCGUGUUUGCUAGAUUAAAGUAUGAUGUAUUAUGGAAAUGGGAAAAAUCAGAACUACCUGGUAAAUCGGAAAACAUCAAGAUAUCAAAAUGGCUUCCACAAUCCGAUUUAUUAAGACAUCCAAAUGUAAAACUGUUCAUUACGCAAGGUGGUUUGCAGUCCACUGACGAGGCUAUAACAGCUGGAGUACCAACAAUAGGACUGCCGAUGCUUGGAGACCAGUGGUUUAAUUUAGAAAAACAUGUUUAUUUCAAAAUUGGUAAAAAACUUGAAAUGGAGACCCUCACUGAAGAAGAGUUAGAAACAGCUAUUCAUACCGUUAUAAAUGAUUCCAGUUACAGGGAUAACAUAGUAAAACUCCGGACACUCAUGGAGGAUCAGCCACAGAGUGCGUUAGAUCGCGCGGUGUGGUGGACAGAGUAUGUACUGCGCCAUGGAGGCGCAAAGCACCUUAGACCUGCGAAUGCUAAUAUGUCCUGGAUUGAGUACUUUGAAGUAGAAUUUGUACUAAAAUUAGCAACUCUCUUACUGCUUUCAUUGGUGCUAGUCAUAGCUGUUUUGUAUUUUACGUAUAUCAGUUUUGUACCGAAGCAAAAACUUAAAACACUCUAAAGGGAUAUAAAAAAUUCCGUGUUAAGAAAAUCUCAAAUAAAUUAAGCCCUUACUUUAAGCCAACGUAAUAUAUUUUUAAAAUUCAUGUACAAAUAAAAG